GAUGUGUCUUUGUAGUCACGUACUCUCACUCACUCUGUGGUCUGUCUUUCUGUUUUCGUGCUUUCUGCUCGGCACAUGUUGACAAAAUUUUCGCAUAAUUUGAGUUGAGAUUGCAGUGUUUAAAUUUAUUAUUUGUGAAUAAAAAUCAUACUAAAGUUAUUAAACUACACAAGAAAUAACAAUGGAAGAAUACGCAAGAGAACCUUGCCCAUGGAGAAUAGUAGAUGAUUGUGGUGGUGCAUUCACUAUGGGUGUAAUUGGAGGUGGCAUCUUUCAAGGAAUUAAAGGCUUUAGAAAUGCUCCCAGUGGGAUAUCAAGAAGGUUUCAGGGAUGCCUGGCUGGCCUGAAAACGAACGCACCAAAAACGGCGGGCAGUUUCGCAGUGUGGGGCCUGACAUUUUCGACGAUCGACUGCACACUGGUGCACUUCCGCAAGAAGGAGGACCCGUGGAACUCGAUCAUUAGUGGCGCGGCCACCGGCGGAAUCCUGUCCGCCAGAAACGGUCUGCCCGCCAUUGCCGGAAGUGCCCUAGUCGGCGGCAUCCUAUUGGCUAUGAUCGAAGGCAUCGGCAUCAUCUUCACAAGGAUGACCGCCGAGAACUUCCGGCCUCCCACGCCCGUCUUCAGCGACGACCCGUCGCAGCUGGGUCCGCCCCCCAACCAACAGUACCAAGAUCAAGAUUCUAACAAGAUGUGAUUGGGUUCUCGAAUUUCUGACAACAAAUUGAUCAAGAAAACGUGUAUACUUUUGAAAGUUAUCGUUGAAAACUAUAAUUUUCAAAAUAAUUCAAUAAAUUC